AUGGCCACCCGGGAAGAGAAGACCGAAGGUUUUCCUUUGACGGAAACUAGCCUCGCAGUUCCCGAUAAGGCAGCUAAGGGGUCUUCCAAGGUGUCUUCCUUGGAGAGAACCUCCAGCGGCACGACUGCUGGUUCCAACAACAGCAAUCCAUUUGAAACGGAUGUCGAAGCCAUGAUUACCAACUGCUCUCUCGAUAAACCACGGUCCAGCGUUGUGCUCACUAGAAAGAAAGAUUGCCAGGUUUGGCCCGACAAGCGAGACUGGAAGCAGAGAGCCAAAGCAGGCAAGAAGAACCGAAGUUGCGCUUUUAUGCAACGAUUGAACAAGCGAACGAGAAUCACCAUUAAAGUCCUGGUUAUCGUUCUAGUUGUCGGCAUUGCUGUCGCCGUUGGCUUUGGUGUGAGCAAGCCUCUUGGAGCCCCGAUCUGGGGCGACAAUAAGACACAUACAUGA